CCCCAUCUGUGGCUCUCGCCGCUGCAGCGAGGACUGAGGCUUCCUUGUGUUUGUGCCGGAAGCCUUGGCCACGCCCCCUCUUUCCCAGGCCGUAGGCUCUUCUACGCCAGUCUCGCGCCGUUGACUUGCCUGCUGGAUCUGUUCAAAGUGAGAGAGCUUCAGUAGACCGGGCUUUUGCAAAAAAGCUUUCCUGCAGAGAAUCUUUCCGGUUGUGACCUCGGUUGGCUUUGGAAAGACUUUCUGUAAGGGAUGAGGCUGGUCAUACUUGAUAAUUACGAUCUGGCUAGCGAAUGGGCUGCAAAGUAUAUCUGCAACCGCAUCAUCCAGUUCAAGCCAAAUCAGAGCAGAUAUUUCACUCUUGGCUUACCAACAGGAAGUACACCUCUGGGAUGCUAUCAGAAACUAAUAGAAUAUCACAAGAAGGGAGAUCUUUCUUUCAAAUAUGUGAAAACAUUCAACAUGGAUGAAUACGUGGGGCUUCCCAGAAAUCAUCCAGAGAGCUAUCAUUCUUACAUGUGGAACAAUUUCUUUAAGCAUAUCGACAUAGAUCCAAACAAUGCACAUAUACUUGAUGGAAAUGCUGCAGAUCUAAAGGCAGAGUGUGAUGCAUUUGAGAAAAAAAUAAAAGAAGCUGGGGGGAUAGACUUGUUUGUUGGAGGCAUUGGUCCAGAUGGUCACAUAGCUUUCAAUGAACCUGGGUCAAGUUUGGUAUCAAGGACAAGAUUGAAGACACUUGCCAUGGACACCAUUUUGGCAAACGCAAAAUAUUUUGAUGGAGACUUAACUAAAGUUCCAACUAUGGCAUUAACGGUUGGUGUGGGGACAGUGAUGGAUGCCAGAGAAGUGAUGAUUCUGAUCACUGGUGCACACAAAGCUUUUGCCUUGUACAAGGCAAUUGAAGAAGGGGUCAAUCACAUGUGGACAGUUUCUGCUUUUCAACAACACCCACACACUAUCUUUGUAUGUGAUGAAGAUGCUACCUUAGAACUACGAGUUAAAACUGUCAAGUACUUUAAAGGUCUAAUGCAUGUGCACAACAAACUUGUGGACCCUCUGCACAGUAUGAAAGAACAAAACUGAAGGACACAGCCAUGCUGGACUCCCAUUUUUGGCCCGGCAGUGUUACUAGGUGGCAGAAGCACUGCUAUGCAAUAUGCUGAAAACUGGCUAAAGUGAAGAACCUUAAGUACUGUGGAGGGUUUUCUCUUUCCCCCAAAGGUCCAAAUGUGCACACAUUCCUCCUCGCACUAUUAUAAGCUCUCCUUUUCUGCUUUCCUACCUAGAUCUCUUUUGCCUGUUACAUGCUAUAUGCUGCUGGAAACCAGUGGAACAUUUUGAACUUGAAGAGCGCAGGUGUAAACAAGCUGGCCACAGAUGUAACUCAAAUAUAGAAAUAUAUCUUUUCA